AUGGAGAAGUCUAUUCAGAUUGGUUUAGAUGAUUUAGAAGCCAUAACCCGCGAGUUUCCUAAAUGGCAACGAGACGGCGUUCGGGAUGUGAAGUGCUCGUUGGGAGUUAUGAGGUUGAUGUUUCAGUGCAGAAAGAUAUGGUGCGAAGAUGCACGCAGCGAAUUUUCCCUGUGUACUAUGGAGGAGACUGUUGUCAAAACUUCUCUGGAAAUUCAGCUUCUCUACCUUACAUUGAAGGAAGCUAGUAAUGAUCAUGUGAUUUUUGAGCCGGGAGGGAAUCGAUUCUAUGAGUUUCUUGAUGAGAUUGUGGAAUCGAUUGGGCAAGGAAUGAAGGAAGCCUUCGACAUUGUCUCAGAUGUUGUUCGGAAGACCAGUUCUUCUUCUCAUUUGGAAACGGAAGAUCUCCUGAAUAUCAUCGAUGCCAUUCUUCACAUUCUGCCCGAAUUUCUGGGAGGUUCUUAUGAUGAUGACAUAGCAGUGACUGUGAGAUCCUUGAAGAAUUUCAUUCUCUUUGCCGCACUUCAAGGACUUGAGCAUCCGCAAACGCGACCUCUGUUGGUUCACGUUCAAGCCUCAGUCUUCCAUCUGGCUCACUCCAUCUUUGAGCUGGAGCUUUUGGAUCAUGAUGAUCAUUUAUUCGGAUCGAUUGAUAGCAUUGACCCUUUUAAAUCCCCUGGCACAUGUGACAUUUAUCUUGGAGUUCUUCAGGAAGCUUUAGAAUUGCGUCAGUCAUCUAUUCAUCUCAUUCCUGAGAGCAAUGCACUUGAGUCGUCGCUAGCCUUUGUUGGGUCUCUCCGCUCUUUCCUUUUCAGGAUAAUAUUCCGUGGUGAAUUCCAUUGGUACACCUUUGACCACCAAAUUCGUAAACUAUAUGAAGGAUUGGAAUUCAUAAAGACCGCUCUGAGAGAGCAUCAAGAUAAGGUUGGUGAGUACUAUGAGAAAAUGAAUGAUCUCAUUCCACCUCUCAUUUGUGAAGCAGGGCUUAUCAUUUUCUAUCUUAUUCGUGGAUAUGAAGUUGAAGAAGGCAUGGUUAAAAUGCCGGAGGCGUUUUUGUCAGAUUUUGAGGAAAAACUCGAGCUCGUCAAGGGAGCAAAAGAAGCGGCAUCCAGGUACUCUUUGACCUCAGCGUCCUACUUUCGUCACACCAACUUGCUUGGGUUUAUUGAUUCCUUCUUGAAAAAAAUCCACUCAUUCAAUUUUAAUGGGCCUGAUUCAGUAAUUGCCUCAGAAAAGAAUCAGGUUCAAGCUGUUUAUGAUGAUUUGGAAUUUUUAAGAUCUUUUUUGGUUAGUGCUCUGCUUGAGCCUGAUCAAAAUAAGAAGCUCAAAACACUCUGGAAUCGCAUUGCUACAGUCGCCUAUGAGGCAGAGUUUGUUCUCGAUUCUCUAAUAAAAGGAGAUGAUCUUCAGAACUCUGUUGUGAUGCUUAAUACUAUUAUAGAAGAGAUCGAGCUCAUCAAGAUACAGGCCAUGGGAAAUUCUCACAAGAAAAGAAAGAUUAUCCAAGAACAGAAUAUAACUGAAACUAAGAGUAAUAUGCAAUCACUAGGUAAGCUGCCAGAAGUUAAUGAGAUUGUCGUUGGCUUGGAUGAUGAGACUCAAAAUAUUAUUGAUCGACUCACAAGAGGAACAAAGAAGUUAGAUAUUGUUUCCAUUGUUGGUAUGGCCGGGUUAGGGAAAACAACUCUGGCCAAGAGAGUCUAUCUUCAUAUCUCUAUCAUUUAUCACUUUCAAAUUCGUUCAUGGGGUACAGUUUCUCAAGUAUACAACAAGAAAAAUUUGUUACUUGAGAUUUUGAGAGGUGUUGAUGUUGAAUCUACUGGCAAGCAUUCAGAAAUGAAUGAGGAUGAUUUGGCUCGAAGACUCUACCAAUGCUUGAAGAGGAAGAGGUACCUUAUCAUCUUGGAUGAUAUUUGGGAUGCUGAAGCAUGGGGUAACUUACGAUUUUCAUUUCCUGAUGAUGGAUACGGAAGUAGAAUUCUCUUGACUAGUCGAGAUGAGAAUGUAGCUUCGCAGAUCGAACCACAUAGCCAACCUCCACAUUCUCUUCGUUUCCUCACUAGUGAUGAGAGUGUGGAACUAUUCCGGAAAAAGAUGCCUUUUAUAGAAGAUAGUCCUUCAGAAGUACUUGAACGUGGAAAGACAAUAGUACAACGUUAUAAGGGCUUGCCAUUGAUGAUUAUAGUUAUUGCCGGAAUUCUAUCAAAUAUAGAGCCAAGUACUUGGGGAGAAGUUGAAGAAACUCUGAACAAAGGUAUUGAUCAGGUCAAUGAUACAAUAGAGUUGAGUUAUAACCAUUUGCCUGAUCAUUUGAAACCGUGCUUUCUCUAUUUCGGGGCAUAUGAGGAGGACCAACAAAUUCCUGUGCGGGAGAUGUUAUGGUUGUGGAUUGCUGAAGGUUUCGUCAUGAACACUGGAAGAGAUUGUAUAGAGGAUGUUGCCGAGAGUUACAUGAUGGAGCUAAUACAGAGAAGUUUAGUUAUGGUUGGUGGGAAAGAACCUGGAGGUAAGAUGGAAUUUUGCAUCCUCCAUGAUGUUUUGCGCGAAUUUUGCUUGCGAAAAAGUAAUAAAGAAGACUUUUUGCUUCGUUUACAAGGUGUCGAACUUGGUAGUUCCAUUGACCCAAGCAUGCUACACAGGUCACUUGUUUAUACUAAUAGAGUGGAGGAUUUCGUAGAAGUCAGGCUGUUUUGUCCCCGUUUACGCACUUUGUUCUUGGUUGCUGAUUACAAAGAAAUGUUUGCAUUUGUAGAACCUUGGUAUGGCAUCCUGUAUAAGUUCUGCGAAUCCAAAUUUCUAGGAGUUUUGGACUUGAGGGGAAUCUAUGAGUUCGAAUUCUUUCCAUGUGUAAUUCUACUUCUUGUUGAGUUGAGGUACCUAGCUAUGUAUACUAGACGUGAUACGGAAAUCCCAUCAUCAAUUGAGCGUCUCUGGAAAUUGGAAACUUUUGUUGUUGUAGGGUACGACAAGUUGAUUUUCCUACGAGACACUCUUUGGAAUAUGAAAAGAUUAAGGCAUUUGUAUAGCUCUCGGAAUCUUUGGCGUUUGCCGAGAGAGAGUCCUCGACAUCUCCCCAAUUUAGAGAACUUGCAGAUUUUAUCCCGUGCCGCAUUCGCUGAUUUCCAAGAACUGAACGAAGUAAUCGGGAAGUGUCCCAGUAUUCGGAUACUUAAAUGCGUAGUGGACAACCCUCCAACACCCGGAGGGACCUCAAGGAUAAUAGCACUGGAUUGUUUGAACCAACUUGAAUCACUGUCGCUCAGUAGUAACUUUUUUUCGGAGGAUCUGGACUAUCAAUUCCAGUUUCCCUUGAAUUUGAAGGAGCUGACACUGUCAAAGUUUCGCCUUCCAUGGAGUAAAAUUUCUACAAUUCAUAGGCUAAAAAAUCUGGAGGUUCUUAAGUUAGUGGAUGACGCAUUCAUAGAGGAAAACUGGGACAUGAAGGAAGAAGAAGAAAUAUUCCCUAAUCUCAUAUUUCUAAAACUGAAACGGCUGGAUUUAGGUAGAUGGACGGGUGGGUCAGAUGAAACUUUCCCGCGUCUUGAGAAAUUGGUAUUGCAAGCAUGCGAUGACUUGGUGGAGUUACCAUCCUGUUUGGCUCAAAUUCCAAAACUUGAGAUGAUAGAGGUAAUCAGUUGUAGUGGAGUCGUCGAUUCAAUAAAGCAAAUUCAUGAGAUGUUGGUAAAUGAGGGUAAGGAGGAGGUAAUUAAGAUCCUUAUUAAGCCUUCACAAUGGGAUGAUGAAUCAAAAACUUUUGAUGAGCUCGAUCAUGCAUUGUCAGAGGACAACACUACACAAUCUUCUAACGAGAUGGAUUAUGAUUAUGCAUUUCCAGAUGAAGGAACUGAUGAAUGA